AUGUCUACCUUCGGAUUCGAAACAACCGGCGAUGAGGUCGCUGCCAUCUGUUCCAACGCUAUCCGGGGCAAGAUUGUUCUCAUAACUGGUCCGUCUGUGGGAAGUCUUGGUGCUGAGUUUGCCACAACCAUUGCUCCCCAUGGGCCAUCCAUGAUCAUCCUUGCCUCUCGAGAUAUUUCUAAGCUCGAGCCAGUCGCCGCAUCAAUCAAAGCUAUCGCGCCCGUGGUGGUUACCCGUAUCCUCAAGCUCGACUUGGCCUCACAAGCUCACAUACGUGAAGCCGCCGAGGAAGUCAACAACUAUGAUGAUGUUCCGCAUAUCGAUGUGCUCGUCAAUAGCUCAGGCAUCAUGGCAGUACCUCACAGUCAAACCGCAGAUGGCAUCGAGCUUCAAUUCGGAGUCAACCACAUUGGCCAUUUUCUCUUCACAAACUUGAUUAUCGACAAGUUGAUCACGGAAGAUGGAAGUCAGACUAGUCGGGUGAUCAACGUCUCAAGCAAUGGCCACGAAUUAUCCCGUGUGAGAUUUGAAGACAUGAACUUCGAGAUCUCACCCUACAAUCGGUGGUUUGCCUAUGGCCAGUCCAAGUCAGCGAAUAUGUUAUUCUCUGUCUCGCUUGCUACGAAACUUGCGAGCAAAGGACUGAUCUCCGUGAGCCUUCAUCCUGGAGUCAUUCGCACCAAUCUCAGUUCUCAUCUUGAAGCCUCUGCAUGGCCUGAACUUGGCAAAAUUGGGCUGGAACUUGCCCUGCCCAGUUUCUACACCGGCUUCAAUUUAAAGACUCAACAGCAGGGUGUUGCAACCUACGUCUUUGCGGCAUUUGAUGAAUCCGUAUCGAUGAAAACCAACGGUCGAUACCUAGUAGACAGCCAAGUUUCGGACCUGGACAGCUACAAGUGCUGGGGUCGGGACCCUACAGAGGCGGAAAGAUUGUGGAAGCUUAGUGAAAGCCUUGUUAAGCAGGAGUUCAAGUACUGA